AAACGAAAAGAGAAGAGGACGUCUUCAUCCAGUGCAGUGUGGUGCUCAAAUCAGGUGUGUUCGAAGAUUGUGCAUAAAACUUGAUCACGAUGGGAGCUUCCUCCAGCACUCCGAGGACCGUCUCCGUCGACAACGACUCGCCGGCUGGAGUUAUCGAUAUUUCUGACGACGUUGUGCAGCGACUCAAGACGGGACUGCCCCCGAAAGAAGGAGCUCGUCAGCAGCCGCAAGGUGCAUCUCGCCCGUCCGUAGAUAGCAGUGUUCCAAGCUCCUAUCCCAACCCGUUGCCACCCCCAUCGGCCGGAUAUUAUGGUGAACCCUCGCUCACUUCAAUGCAAGUUCGCCGGGAAAAGGAACAGGAGCUCAGAGCUAAUGAUAUCUACUGGACAAAACGUCUGCAGACACUCGAGGCGAACCUCCAAAAAACGAACCAGAUUUUGGAAAAGGAAUACAGCGAUGCGAUCGUUGAUGUAAAAAAACGUUUCGAUAGCACUGCCGUUGCGCAUCAGUUACCUCCAUGCCAGGACUUGAAGGCAAAGGUGGUGGAAUGCUGCAAGAAAAACCAGCACGAAACGUUGAACUGUUCGGCUGAAGUUAGAGCGUUCACGGACGGCGUCAAUCUUCAUCGUAUUCAACUACUAAAAGAGAAAGCAUCUGUCGCAAAGCCAGCGGCAGAGAAGUAAUGAGUGGGAAUAAUGAAACCAACUGCUAAACUGAACUAGAGAGGUAAUUUAUGUUCUUUCGUUUGUACAUAAAAGAGUAAAAAUUAUCACAAACGGUUAAA